CUUCCUGUAGCUGCAAUAUCUUACCGAUAUGUCAUACGUUAAGCAGCAACUAUACGGGGGGGCUAUCACUACCCAUAUUCCAAACGGUCUCUUAGAUGCGUCCACCCUCCGCCAAAUUCCAGACUCCCAGGAGGUGUUCUUGAACCCAAAACUGGACGCCGAUAGUGAGGGGAUGCUUCGUGAGGACGACACCUUGAUCAUUGAGCUCAUGGAGAGGCUCGAGAACGAUACAGAUUUAGACUCUAUUAAAGAGCACUUAUCUGAGAUCUCCAACUUGAACGGAGUGGGCAAGACUGAGUGGCAGAUCUUGAAGCUCCACGAGGUGCUGAACCCAAGCUUGAUUGAGGACAAGGCGUACAUCGCGGUCGUCUCAGAACCAGCGAAGAAGUGGGGUCGCGAGACAGAAGGCACCAUUGAACUGACCUUAGUGUUGGUUUUUGGAAUAUUGAGAAUCAACAAGCUGGAAACGGAUCUCCUCGUCAACUUGAACUUGCCGUUCAAGGCUGCCGCUGAGUUGAAGGCAUUGAAAGCACUUAUGGAGGACGAGGAGACCCACGCCAAUGAAGGAAAUUCGGCUUGGAAGAGAAUCAGCCAGGGUGAUGCGGUUGUUACAAAGGUGCUUGAGUCUAUGAGGAUUGAAGACUGGGGGUUGUUUGGCAUGUAGACAAAGCGAGUGGCAGUAACCCUAAGGACAAAUCAUAUCCCAAAGAGUAUAAGAAUAUAGUUAUGACAAGUGAUAAAAAAAAAAACCUCAUAAGGUGUAUGUUUUGUGAAGUUCCUUCUGGCUGUUUUGGAGUUGAGAGCCCUUUAUAUUGCACCCAAACGAGAACAGCAUACACAUGGUCAGCUCUACACUUGUA